CUGCCAGGCUCCCCCCAGAGGGGGGCCUCCUGCCUCCCGGGUGGGGAGCCCGGCUCACGGCCCGGCAUGUUUGCCGCACUGCCACCGCGCUGCCCUGGGGGUUAGACCACUCUGCCGCGCGGCGGGGUGGGGCCGAGCAGCGCGCCCACCACCCGUGCCGCUACACACGUUCGCGGAGGAGAGAGGCAUGUGGCUUCUCCCACAUUUGAGAGCCACUCUCCUGUAUCCCGACUCCGCCCCAUUUCCCAGCCUCCACCUCGGGAAUUGUUUUUUUUAUUCAUCCUCGCCAGGUGUUUCAAAGAUGGUCUACACUAAGUUCGUCGAGAUCGGCCGUAUCGUCCUCAUCAACUACGGUGUCGAUGCCGGCAAGAUCGCCGCUAUCGUCAACGUCGUUGACCAGAACCGCGCCCUCAUUGAUGGCCCCUCCAUCAAGCGCCAGGUCGUCAACUUCAAGCGCAUUACCCUGACCAACAUCGUCGCCAAGGUCGGUAUCAACUCCUCCACCCCCGCCGUCAUCGCCGCUUUCGAGAAGGCCGAGGUCGCCAAGAAGUGGGCCGAGACCGCCGCUGCCAAGAAGGCUGCCAAGAAGGCCACCCGCGCCAACCUGUCCGACUUCGACCGCUUCAAGGUUAUGGUCGCCAAGAAGAACGUCCGCGCCGCCGUCGCCAAGUCUUUCAAGGCUGAGAAGAAGGCCCUCGCCAACUAAAUGCAACGUUAGCUUUCGCCGCGCGCGCGCACCCUGCCGUGUGUGUCGGUGUGUAUAUGUGUGUGCUCACCUGCUUCCGACGCCGUUCUCUCUCUCUCUCUCCCCCCUGCCCCCGACGCUGCUCGCGAUGUGGUUUCUCCUGGAUCCCUAAUGGCUUGGGCUCUCUGUUUUGGCGGCGUGCUUCCUCCCUCUCCUCCUACAGACACACAAUAUACGCUUAGCAUAACUCUC